ACCCGUCUGGUCGAGGCCUACGGUGGUGCAAGGGUGGGAAGGCAGACAAGUUUUUCCGCAUUCUUGUAAUCGGACUGAUGCUAGGGUCAGGAGCCAUGGUGCUCCAUUUGGUGCCCAGGUGGUCUGCAAGGUUCUUCUGGGCAUCUCCAGGAUGGAGGAGGACCUAUGCUCAGGGAGCUUCAUUCGGGUUAAAGUGGCUGGGUCACUCUCUGGGUAUAAAUGGCCCUUUGGCUUGCAGAGGGUACUCUUUGGUCUCUGGCAGCUCUGAGGUGAUGUUGACCUCUGAGCGAUACCCUGUGCAACGGCUGCCAUUUUCUACUGUGUCUGAGGAGGACCUGGCUGCGUUUGAAUGCAUCAUACCUGGCAGAGUUAUCACAGAUCCAGAGCAACUGCAGGCAUGCAAUGUGGACUGGCUGAGGACCGUCCGGGGCUGUAGUAAGGUGUUGCUGAGGCCCCAGACCUCAGAGGAAGUGUCCCAGAUUCUUAGGUAUUGCUAUAAGAGGAACUUGGCUGUGAACCCACAGGGUGGGAACACUGGCAUGGUGGGGGGCAGUGUUCCCGUCUUUGACGAAGUCAUCCUGUCCACUGCCCUCAUGAAUCAAGUCAUCAGCUUUCAUGACAUAUCUGGGAUUCUGGUCUGCCAGGCAGGCUGUGUGCUGGAGGAGCUGAGCCGCUAUGUGCAGGAACGGGACUUCAUCAUGCCAUUGGACUUAGGAGCGAAGGGCAGCUGCCACAUCGGGGGCAAUGUGGCAACCAAUGCUGGUGGUCUGCGGUUUCUGCGAUAUGGCUCGCUUCGAGGGACUGUCCUGGGCCUGGAAGUGGUACUUGCUGAUGGAACCAUCCUGAACUGCCUGACCUCCCUGAGGAAGGACAACACAGGCUAUGACCUGAAGCAGCUGUUCAUCGGGUCAGAGGGCACCCUGGGAAUCAUCACUGCCGUGUCCAUCUUGUGCCCACCCAGGCCCAAGGCUGUGAAUGUGGCUUUCCUCGGCUGCCCUGGGUUCACUGAGGUUCUGAAGACCUUCAGUACCUGCAAGGGGAUGCUGGGCGAGAUCCUGUCUGCGUUUGAGUUCAUGGAUUCGGAAUGCAUGCAGUUGGUUGGACAGCACCUCCACCUGACCAGCCCAGUACAAGAGAGUCCAUUCUAUGUCCUGGUGGAGACCUCGGGCUCCAGUGCAGAGCAUGAUGCCGAGAAGCUGACCAGCGUCCUGGACCAUGUGCUGAACUCCGGCCUGGUGAGCGAUGGCACUAUGGCCAGCGACCAGAGGAAAGUCCAGACAUUGUGGGCCCUUCGGGAGAGGAUCACAGAGGCUCUCAGUCGUGACGGCUAUGUGUUCAAGUAUGACAUAUCCCUCCCCGUGGAGCGUCUCUAUGACCUCGUGAUGGAUGUUCGGAACCGCCUUGGCCCUUGUGCCAAGCAUGUAGUGGGAUAUGGUCACUUGGGGGAUGGCAACCUUCACCUGAAUGUGACAGCAGAGGCCUUUAGCCAGGAUUUGCUUGGCGCCUUGGAGCCCUAUGUGUAUGCCUGGACAGCGGAACAGCGGGGCAGCGUCAGUGCUGAGCACGGCCUAGGCUUCAAGAAGAAAAACGUACUGGGCUAUAGCAAGCCACCUGUGGCUGUGGAUCUUAUGCAACAGCUCAAGGCCCUGCUGGACCCCAAAGGCAUCCUGAACCCCUAUAAGACUCUGCCUGCUCAGGCCUAACUGGAGGUUUUCAACUUGUUGCUGCAAGAUGCCAGGAUCUUGGGCAUGCAGGGUUGGUGGGCCUGGAGGCCUCCCAGCUGGUGGCACCUGCUGUAGACCAGGUUACUGGUCUGUUGGCCAGCAAGGAGUCAGCUCUGAGCACCCUCUGGGCUCGCCUGCCUUUCUGUGGGUGAGCAGAGCAGAUCAAGCUGUCUGCCCCUUCUCUGGUCUCUUGCCAGCUCCUUGUGGGCAGAGGAAGUGGGUGGGCAGUCGCCCUACUUCCAGACAGGCUAAGCCCUGACCGAUCUGCAGUGACCUGUGGAGACCUGCUUUGUUGCAGCUCUGGGAAGAGUGCCAUGUGGUCUUGUCACUAGAUGGUUAGCCGUGUGGUUCAUACCCUGUGAGGGCUGCAGCAGAGUUGUCCAGAUCAGCUACCAUGACGACCCAGAGCACCACAAGUCAUUCACAUGGGGCUGAAUGGAAUCUGCUGUCAUACCAAGCAGGUCUUGGAUUGGUAACAAUGGUCCACCUGACCAGAGCAUUCCCUUGUUUUGUUUUUGUUUGUUUGUUUUGAUUUACAUUUUUGUUUGUGUGGUUUUUUUCAGACAGGGUCUUUCUACAUAGCCCUGGCUAUCCUGGAACUUAAUAUGUAGACCAGAUUGACUUUUAACUCACAGUGUUCCUAUGGCCUCUACCUUCAACUCUUCCUCCUGAGUGCUAGGAUUUAGUCAGGUAGCACCACACCCAGAUUACUUGGUUGUUGAAGACCUGUCUGGGUUGGUAAGGAGGCGUGGUUGGCUGCGAUUACCUGCAGAGUUUGACCUUUCUGGUUAUGAGACAGUCCCCCCAACCGAAGUGAUAGAGGCAACUCUCAGUUACAGGCCUAUCGGAUGGUCUACAUGCUGCCCUCUAGGACUUGGCCAGUCCCAUGACGUGGGGUCCUGGCAGUCUGGGAAGCUGAACACACUUACCUUAUUAUUAUUAUUUGCUGUCACCAGUUUUCAGAAAAAUUCUGAAUUACAACCUGCUGAUGCUGCUAGAAAAUUAUUUGCAUGACGUUGAUUGUGAAUUCACACAAAGUUGCGGCUCAAUACAUCCCUCCACACACUGAG